ACGCUUUACACAAAUAUUUCCAUCUAAAUAAUGGUUACUGUCGGUAUUCCCAUGGCAAAAUGGCGGCUAUGCACCAUGGUGCCACCGCCGCCGCCACCGCCCUCCACCGCCGUCGAUUCACGCACGAGAAUAUCAGUCUCGUGAAACCAGUUUUCUUCGUUUACAGCUCUUCCGCUUCGUUCCCAUCUAAACAAGCCCGAAGAAGAAACCAUCUCCGCCAAAAAAUCCUCAAAACCCUUAAAAAUCCCAUUAUCCCCAAAUUACCGCCUGCAAACCCGAUAGUCCCCGUUGAACCCCCACCUCAAGAGAUCGAUUUGAAUCAGGAAAUUAAAGAAUUUGAGAAGUCUGAAAACGAAGAAGCUCGAGAAUUGCAAGAACUGAAGGAGGCGGAGGUUUCACCGCCCGCCGGAGUUGGGAUUGAUGGAGGAAUUGGUCUAGCCGGUAAAGAUUCAAUCUUGAAAUAUGGGUGGUGGUUUGUUGGAGCUUUCGUGUUCCAGACAGUUUGUGCUGUUCUGUUUGUUGGUUUGGAUGAUACUGACAAUAAAAGGGAAAUUGUGAAUGGAAGUGGUGAAUUGAGGGCUGUUUUGGAUGAAACUGCGAGUGUGAAAACGGGGUUGAGAGAUAGUGUUAUUGGAGAUGGAAAUGUUAAUGUGGAGAAAUUGGAGAUGGAGAGGAAAAUUGAGGAAAUUCGGAUAAUGGCAAGGGAGGCGAGGGAAAAGGAAAGAUUGCAGUCGAAUAGGAAUGGUAAUGAUGGUGAGGAUGGUGAGGAUGAUGAGGGGUCUGAUGGGGGGAAAAUUGUCAAGAGUGGGAUAGCAGAGGAGGUAGAUUGUACAAUGGUGAGGUUGAAGAAGAAGCUAGGGAAAACGCGCUUCAAAACACCAUUGGUUGUGCAUUCAAAUGAGGAGACGAAGAGAGGCGGUGAUGAGGUUGAGAAGGGUGCUUUAUUAUAUAAAAAGAAAUAUAAAUACAAAGAUUUUUCUGGUGAUACAAUGGAGAAACCUAAAGGUUUUGUAGGUUUAGAUGAUAGUAGAGUUAAUGGAGAUGUAAAGGAAAGGAGUGAGUUAUUUACAAGUGGGAAUGGUGAUGAUGAUGGAGAGAGGCAGGCUGAACUGUCUAAUGAUGAUCCGAAGGGAUCUGAUGCAGUUCUUGUAGUGGAAGAGGAUAACAAGAAAGGGAUUUCAGGAGCAACCGAAUCCACUAGGAAUACGAGGAGUAAGGUGACAAAAGAGAGAGGGACGAGCAGGCAAGGAAAGAGAAAGGGUGUCGCAAAAGCCAAGGUGGUAGAUGGAAAAGCUAGUGAUCUCGACGCUGCAGAGGUAUCCGAUAAGCUGUCUACUGGAAAUGGUUCUUUUAGAGGCAAAGGAUUUGGAAAUACUAAAUCAGCAAUUAAAAGCAAAAGCGAUACUGGCCUCUGGUGGUUGAAUCUUCCUUUCGUUCUAGUUAUUUUCAUGCAAAGACGCACCAGUGGUAAAGGGCUUUACACGUUGAAAAGCAUUUCAAGCACAGACGAGCAGGUAUCUUACAUUGUAGCUUUUGAGGAUCGGGUUGAUGCAACCAACUUCUGUUAUCUUCUGGAAUCGUUCUUUGAGGAUUUGGGAGAUUUCAAAGCUGAUGUUGCUCCAUUAACUGUCAAAGAACUAAAAGAUGCAGUGAAAUCACAUUCCUUUAGGGCGCUUGUCGUGAAGAGAGGGAAACUUCAGCUCUAUGCAGGACAACCACUCGCCGAUGCUGAGAUGGCAUUACGAGCCAUGAUUGAGCAAGGCUGAACAGCUCUAUGCACCUCCCACUAUGUUACGAUGGCGGAAGGAGUUUUGUAGUUUUUGUAUGUUUUCUUGAGAGUUGGGAAAGUAGUUUUUGGAUUUUGAAGAGCAUUAUUGUACUAGCUUAUUUCCAUUUUUGAUUUGAUUCAAAUUCACAACUGUGUUAGAAGUUUUUUGUGAAUGAUAACAAAAUCUUUGAAUUCUUUA